CGCACACCUUCAGCCAUUCCCAGCUCUCCCCGUGGAGCCCAACCAACCAACACCACAACACCACCACUGAUGCACUAGAACACUCUCAUUCUGUUUGCAUUUUGUCUUUUCUUUUGUUUUAUGAGGGAUUGCUUUUACAUGUCUGUUGGUUUACUUUUUUUCUGGUAACUUCUGCAGGGCCUCGCUCAAGGUCCUGAGUCAAAGCCUGGGUGUUUUCCAAGGCGUGUGUGUUUAGGGGAGUGUGUGUGUGUGUGUCUGUGUGUGUGUGACCAUCAGCUGAUUGGUCACCAUGGGGAUCAAGACCGGCCUGCCCAGAUGGGAGCUGUAUCUCUACAGCACAGUGCUGUAUCUGGCUAUGUUGUGGACAGCCAGCUGGAUCUAUGACGUGUCCAGCUCAAAUGUGAACAGAAAGUCCUUCAAGUCCAGUGUGACACCAGGAUGGCACUACUUCAGCAGGAGAAUGGAUACAGCUGACUUUGAGUGGGUGAUGUGGUUUUCUACGUUCCGGGAACACAUCAUCUUUGCCCUGUCCGGCCAUGUGAUCUUUGCUAAGAUCUGCUCCAUGCUGGCCCCUGAGUACAAGGCUCUGAUGUACAUGUUCUAUGGCAUGAUGGCGGUGCUGGUCAGUAUGGGUUGGACCUACAUCACUCUGAUCCUGUCUCAUUGUGUCCUGCUCUACACCAUCUCUCUGGUCAAACUGCGUUGGCUCUGUUUCCUAGCUGGACUCACCACACUGUCCACAUUCAAGAUGGAGCCCUUUGUCUCCUGGCAGGCCAGUUUUGUGAUGGUGGAUUUUGAGCUCCGCUCUGUCUUGUUCUAUGGAGGCUGUGGGUUCACCAUAGUUCGCUCUAUGAGCUUUGCCCUGGAGAACUGCCAGAAGAAAGAUGCCAACUACAGCAUCCUGGAACUCCUCAAAUACAACUUCUACCUCCCAUUCUUCUACUUUGGCCCUAUCAUGACUUUCGACAAGUUCCACGCUCAGGCCAACAGAGUUGUCCUGACACGUAAGGAAGGAGAGAUAUGGAACAUCUCUCUUCAGGGUCUCCUUCACCUGGGGGCCAUAAUAACAGCGGACAUCUUAUUCCAUUUCCUGUACAUCCUGACUAUCCCAACGGACAUGAAGCUGCUCAAACAUGCAUCAGACUGGGCAUUAGUGGGCGUGGCCUACUGUAACCUGGUAUAUGACUGGGUGAAAUCAGCGGUGAUGUUUGGGGUGGUCAACACCGUGGCACGACUGGACCAUCUAGAUCCUCCACAGCCUCCUAAAUGUAUCACCAUGCUCUACGUCUUCUCUGAGACUCAUUUUGACAGAGGAAUCAAUGACUGGCUUUGCAAGUAUGUGUAUGACUACCUGGGAAGGAGGCAUGACAAUGUGCUGAACGAGGCCAUCGCUACGAUGUGCACCUUUGGUGUUACAAUUCUAUGGCUGGGACCCUGUCAGGGGGUUUUCCUCUGGGCCUUUUUCAACUGCUUGGGACUUAACUUCGAGCUCUGGACUGCCAAGUUACUCUCUAUGGAGCCAUUCACUUCCCUAGAGAUGGCCAUGUCUCCUGCCAUGUCUCGUCGGAUCAGAGCUCUGUUCAACAGCUUUAACUUCUGGACCAUCGUCCUCUACAACAUCAUCGCCCUCAACAGCCCGGGCUUCACCAGCCUAGUUGCCAAGAGACUCCUGCUCAAAGGCUUCCCAGUCACCACCCUUACGGUCCUGGCAGUUACCUACUGUCUAGUCCAGCUGAUCAAGGAGAGAGAGAGGAGACAGGCUCUUAUCGAUGACCCUGACCGCACCCCCCCUCCUGCCCCUGUCACUGCCUCUACCACCCAGGCCACUCCCACCAUAGCCCCUCCCACAGCCUCUGUGCAGCCAAUUGUGGACCCCAGCAAGGAGAAAGCUGAAUAGUGACUGGAUUCUGGCUUUGCUCGUCAAACUAUCUUCAUUAGUAAUAAUUUCCUCUGUCAUUGUGACAUAAUAAAUUAAGUAAUAUCUAUCUACUUUAAUA